AUGGCGUUCACUCUCCCCCCUCUUCCGUACGCGUAUGACGCGCUCACUCCCCACAUUAGCGCGGAGACGCUCCAGUUCCACCACGACAAACAUCAUGCCGGCUAUGUGACUAAGUUGAACGGUUUCGUCGAAGGCACCGCCUUCGCCGGGAAGUCUCUUGAAGACGUGGUACGCAGUUCUACUGGAGCUAUUUUCAAUAAUGCCGCGCAGGCGUGGAACCAUGCAUUCUACUUCAAUAGCAUGAAACCGCCCACAGCAGCUGGUGGCGGAAUGCCCACGGGGAGACUUCUAGAGGAGAUCAACAAGGAGUUCAUUUCUGUUGAGAAAUUCAAGGAGGAGUUUUCGAAGGUUGCCGCUGGCCAUUUUGGGUCAGGAUGGGCGUGGCUUGUGUGGGACAAGCAGGGCAAGAAGGUUGGCAUUGAGCAGACUCAUGACGCUGGGACGCCUCUGACAGAGCCGACGAAAGCGCCCCUCCUCUGCUGUGAUGUGUGGGAGCAUGCCUACUAUAUCGACAGAAGAAACGACAGACCGGCGUACAUCAAGGCGUGGUGGGAGGUCGUUAACUGGGACUUCGCGAGCAAGAACUUGGAGGAAGCUUUAAAAUGA